UGACUUUUAUUUUGAAAGGCCGUCCGUUUGUUGUGCGCAGAAGUUGCUUGUCUUCACAGCCGCUCUUUCCCAACCCAUGUGCAGGCAGCUAAAUGUGACUAACAGCUGAACGCAUUGUCACUAACACACAUGAAGUAUGUUGGACGUAUCUGUGAUGCUUAAUACAGUUCAUACCAAAUAAACGCAGGAUGGGUUCCCAUGGAAAUCAGUGCCCCUGUAGUGCCCACCGCUCAACAGCAAGCGUCUAUCAGACUCUAGAGGAGAUGGACUUUGAGAGAGGUGUAUGGUCAGCUGCAAUGGAUGGAGAUGUGGAGAGAGUCAGGGCAUUUAUCAAAAAAGGGAUUGAUCCUAAUAUGAGGGACCAGGCAAACUACACUGCUUUGCAUUAUGCUAGUCGAGCAGGUCAGCUGUCAGUGUGUGAGUUACUCCUGGACUGUGGCGCUUGUGUGAACAUCCAGACCCGUGGUGGGGCAACCCCGCUUCAUAGGGCGGCUUACUGCGGACACCACAGUGUGCUCAAGUUACUGUUAGACCGUGGGGCUGAUCCAUGUCUGACUGAUGAUGAUGGAUCUACAGCACUUCAUAAGGCUGCGGAACAGAAGCAUUUCGCGGUUUGUGAGAUGCUGGUGAACCGCUUCCCAGCCUUACGAGUUGUGAAGAAUAAAAGAUCGCACACAUCCUUCGAUCUCUGUCCGGAGAAUGAGUUCUUGAGUCCACAAUGACCUGAUCUUGUCUGUAAUGUCUUUGGCCUUCUCAUGAAAGAAUAUGAAGUACCUUUUCAAAAGCUACGCCUUGUAAAUCAGUGUGUCUUUUGGUUGGAAAGAGGCAUAGUUGCACAGGUUAUUGAUCAGUGCAGAUCAAUACAGAUGUCACUACAGAGUAAAAUGGCAAUCCAGUGCAAAGCAUGCUUCCUGUGGCUGUGGUUCUAUAAAUAUGCUUAGGAACGAUGUGUUGUACUUGUAAUUGACCAGUACAUUUUGCACUGCUGUAAUUGAUGCACAUGGUAGCCGACACAUCUGGAAAGCUACAGCAGUUUCUCGAAACCAGCUCAAACUGCUUGGACUUCUCUGAUUUAAAACCGUUUCAGAGACAGGUAAAACCUUAACUUCAUUUAUGAUGUCUGAUGUAUGUAUUGUAUUGUAGCAGUCAUCUUCAAUCAAUCAAAUUAAUAUAUUAAAAUGCUUAUGUUCACUACAUUGUUCAUUAUAGUUUAAAUGAUUAGUACAAUAAUCUAAUUAUACACUGUUGAAAAUGUAAUUAGUAGUUAGUACUUUUUACUAAUUAGAGUAACUUACCCAGCAAUGAUGUUGAUACUUUUAUAACAAUCAUAUAUAAUGCUUCCAUCGACUACCAGAAUAUCAUGCACUUAAACAACUAAUCUUAACCAAACAGAAAAAAAAGAAGAAGAAAAAACUGCACUGUUCAUUGUCUUUUCUCUCUAAUGUUUUCACUGUGAAUUUGAGUGAAAAUGAAUUUAAUUAUUCUUAAAGGGG